AUGGCCAAGCGCCUUCUGUAUCACUCCAUCUCCCUCCACUUCCCUUCUGCCCCGGUGACUGGGGGUGCUGCGUCGAUGGAGGUCCUCUCCUUCAGGGCCGUUGCCCGUAACAAAGCCACUGUUCGGCAUUUCUCAUCCAAAUCAUGGCGACAAUACAACAAAGAUAAUAAUAAUUCAGAAAACCCCAAGUCUGGCUCUUGGUCCCGUCUUCGAUUUGCCCUACGCAACACCAAGGUUGAAUGGUACCCGAUCCCUGUCGGUCUCGGAAUUGGCUUACUGGGGUUACUGCAUUUCUACAAGGCUCACCGAGCUGACCGGGAUCGUGCUUUACGUGAGGAGGCUGGAGAGGACUGGGAAAAUGGAAGCCGGCCCCCUCGUCGCCCACGAGUUGUCCCAACAGGCUCCUGGCAGGUGCAGUUCAUGUCGACCUUACCCCUGAAGGCCAUGUCACGGUUAUGGGGUCGAUUCAACGAGAUUGAACUGCCUUAUUACUUCCGUGUACCAGGAUUUAAGCUGUACUCAUGGGUUUUUGGUGUCAACCUCAGUGAAGUGGCAGAGCCAGACCUGCAUGUUUAUCCGAACCUGUCAGCCUUCUUUUAUCGCAAGUUAAAAGACGGCGUGCGCCCCCUCGACCCCGACCCACACGCUCUCAUCUCUCCGUCAGAUGGCCGCAUUCUCCAAUUUGGUAUUAUCGAGCGGGGGCAGGUGGAACAGGUGAAAGGCAUGACAUAUAGCUUGGACGCUUUGCUAGGCUCAGCCACACCUUCUCACGCCGACCAUAGUAAUCGAUUGACCGAUGACCACCCGGAGCAAGAUGAGAAAGAUGUUACCAACAUGAAGUCAGACGAGGAGUUUGCCCGGGUGAACGGAAUCUCUUACACCGUACCAGGUUUACUUUCCGGCAAUACUGAUGCACCAGCCAAACGACGGGCGUCAAUUGAUGCAUCCACCACAUCCAAAGUUACAUCGGAGAUACAAGUACAGGAGGAGCUAGCUCUCGGGGAUGGCACACCAUGGUACUCGCCUAAAAAGGCCGCGAACCAUGCACUUUUCUAUUGUGUGAUCUACUUGGCACCCGGAGACUACCACCGCUUCCACUCCCCUACCGCGUGGGUUGUGGAAAGUCGUCGCCACUUUGCAGGUGAGCUGUACUCGGUCUCUCCCUACCUACAGCGUCACCUUCCCGGCCUGUUCACCCUCAACGAACGUGUGGCACUGCUGGGCCGCUGGCGAUGGGGCUUCUUCAGUUACACGCCAGUGGGUGCAACGAACGUGGGCUCGAUCAAAAUCAACUUCGACUCGGAGCUACGCACCAAUAGUCUUCUGACUGACACCGCCGCGGACUUGGCAGCAGCCUUGGCAGCCAAGCGCGGCGAGCAAGAUCCUGGCUUCGUUGAGGCGACCUAUCGCCACGCCAGUCCCACCCUUGGAGGACAUCCCUUGCAGCGGGGUGAGGAGAUGGGAGGUUUCCAGCUGGGCAGUACUGUUGUCCUAGUGUUUGAAGCACCACUGAGCUCCCGUCCCUCCCCAGAUGCAGGUUGGCCUGACCAGAAGCAGGGUGACGGAUGGACAUGGAGUGUUGAAAAGGGUCAACGAAUUAAAAUGGGUGAAAAGUUGGGGUUUGUAAGAGAGUGA